AUGGAGAUUCAGAUCUUCCUCUACUUCAUCUUGUUUUGCUUCCUUCUUCUGAUAUACAAGAGAUCCAAUUCUAUGAAAUCAACCAAAGCCCUUCCCUUACCUCCAGGGCCAUGGAAGUUACCUCUUAUAGGGAACAUCCAUCAAAUUGUAGGGUCACUGCCCCAUCACUCCUUGAGAAACUUGGCAAACAAGUACGGACCGUUGAUGCACCUUCAGCUUGGAGAGACAUCCAAUGUCAUUGUCUCUUCUUCUGAAAUUGCCAAACAGAUCUUCACAACACAUGACCUUAUCUUCUCCAAUAGACCUCAUCUUCUUGCUUCCAAGAUCAUCCUUUAUGACAACAUAGACGUUGGAUUUUCCCCACAUGGAAACCAUUGGAGGCAACUCCGGAAAAUAUGUACUUUGGAACUUUUCACGGCAAAGCGUGUUCGAUCUUUUAGGUACAUAAGGGAAGAGGAAGUGUCUGCGCUUGUCAAAGAUAUAUGCUCUAAUGAAGGGUUGAUCAUAAAUCUGAGUGAGAGAAUCUUCACAACCACGAAUUCCAUAAUUGCAAGAGCAGCCUUUGGUAAGAAGUCAAGAGAUCAAGAAGCUUUCUUAUCUACUCUGAAGUAUAUCAUGAAGCUGGUGGGAGGUUUCUCAAUUGUUGAUCUCUUUCCUUCUAUCAAAGUUCUCCAAGUGAUUACAGGGAUCAAAGCAAAACUUGAAAUGAUCCACAGAUUGAAUGAUGAAAUCAUCGAAAACAUCAUCAGGGAUCACAAAGAAAGAAAAGCAACCAGCAGUGAAAGUAAGCAUGAGGAGAAUCUACUUGAUGUUCUUCUAAAGAUUCAGCAGGGAGAAGAUCUGGAACAUCCUUUGACUCACGACCACGUCAAAGUCGUCCUUCUGGACAUGUUCAUUGCUGGAUCCGAGACAUCAUCAACUACUCUAGAGUGGGCAAUGGCAGAAUUGAUGAAGAACCCAAAGGUGAUGGUGAAGGCUCAAGCUGAAGUCAGAAAGAUCUACAAAGAAAAAGGGCUUGUGGAUGAAAGUGAGAUUCACAAAUUGAAAUACUUAAAUUCAAUUGUGAAAGAAACCUUAAGGCUUCACCCACCUGGGGUGCUGCUACUUCCACGAGAAAAUAUUGAGAGAUGUGUUAUCAAUGGAUAUGAGAUACCUGAAAAGACCAGAAUCAUUGUCAAUGGUUGGGCAAUACUAAGAGAUCCCAAGUUUUGGGAUGAUGCUGAUACUUUCAAGCCAGAGAGAUUUGUGGAUAAUCCAAUUAAUUUCAAAGGAACAAACUUUGAUUAUAUACCAUUUGGUGCUGGAAGAAGAAUGUGUCCUGGAAUUAACUUAGCUAUGCCCAACAUUGAGCUUCCACUUGCCAAUUUGCUGUAUCAUUUUGAUUGGAAGCUACCAAAUGGAAUCACUCAUGAAGAGUUUGACAUGUCUGAGACGUUUGCUGCAAGUGUGAGAAGAACUGAGAAUCUCUGGCUAGUCCCUGUGGUUUAUCAACCCUAGUUCUAUAAUCUAUAAAUGUCUCUAUUUUCUGUGGUCCACUGGCAUCUCUAUUUUCAGCGACUUGUUCUGCCCUUUACAUUUAGUUACUAGUGGUGUUGUAAAAUUUUACUGAUAUAGCAAGAAAUAAGUAAAUAAUAUGUUCAGUGUUCACCUGUUCACCAUCA